AUGAACCACUACGCGCCGCCGCCAGCUAAUAGCGCCGCGUUCCCCCGUGGCGCGCCACCGCCGUUCCGAGGCCCUCCACCAGCGUUUCCACGUCCUGGUUUGCCCCUUUUUCGUCCGCCGUUCACUGCGCGGGGUCCCCCACCGCCAUUUGCCUUUGCACGAGGACCAGUGCCCGCUUUUCAUGGACGUGUCAUCCCUCCUGGACGAUGUGGUCCACCUCCAGGGAUUGCUCGUCUGAGCAUUCCACGGCCUAUGAUGGCUACAUUAGGGUUUCAAGCCCCUGGGUUACGGCCGCUACGGAAGGAGGUUCGAGGUCUGGGACUCGUGCCGCCAGGAUGGACGGAACACAAGACGUCUCAGGGGGUGACGUACUAUCAUAACCCGGUUACGGGUGUGAGCACCUACGAGAUGCCGAGGAUCAAGGAGACGGAGAAACGUGCUCGGAAGUGGAUGGAGUACAAGGACGAGGCCACCGGUGCUUUCUACUAUUUCAAUACGGUGACAAAAGAGACAAUGUGGGACCAACCCGAGGAGUUUCGGAUGGAGAGAGCUAGGGAACAAGUUGCCAAGAUGAAGACGGAAGCAGCGAUGCAACCGGCAGUAUCGUCGCCGAUAAGGGGACCUGCAGUUGCACCGACAGCAGCAGCAGCCGCUCCACGAGUUUCAGCUGCACUUCAGCAAGUACUUGCUCCGGAUCAAAUUAGUGUGGCGUCCUCGGAAUUUGAAGAAGAAGUGGACGAAGAGAAGCUGGCGGAACAGAAACGACGGGAAGCACAGGAGAAGCUGCGUCAAGAGCGGAAAGAAGCGUUGGAGCGGGAACAGGCAGCCCAGUUUGAAAAGAUGCCGUGUGCUGACCGGAUGACUGCAUUUAAGCAGUUUCUAGAAGACAAACAGAUUGCGCCGACGCUCAAGUGGGGCGAUGCGCAGCGUGUGAUUGGGAAGGACUCGUCACUGUCUAGUGAUCCGCGAUGGAAGUUUGCGUUGACGUCUGUCGGCGAAAAAAAACAGGCGUUUGCAGAAUAUUGCACGCACGCAAAGAACCGCGCGACGAUUGAAAAGCGGCGACUUGUGAAGAAGACGCGCGAGGAAUUUACCGAGCUGCUUGGAUUGUUUGAAUCCAUCUUGGCACCUCCUUCACGGCGUCGUCAGGUAUCAUGGGAUGAAGUUGUUGAGAAUAGCAACUUUUACGCCUUGAGACAGGACGCACGAUGGUCAGCUGUUGUUGAAAUUCGAGAGCGGCAACAGCUUUUUGCCACGUUUAUGCAGGAAUUGGAGCGCAACCAGAAAGCUCGACUCGCCAAGCAACGUGACGAAAUCCAAACGGCUUUUGUCGCACUUCUGCGGCAGCGUGUCGAGUCGAAUCAAUUGGACCUCGAUACCAAUCGCUCCAGCAAGCGACUGGAUGCCGACGUUAAGCGUCGUGUCCUCGAUUUAUUGGAAGAGGUGGAACUUCCGAACAAUGGUGGCAAGGUUGGCAACGAUGCACUUCGGGUUGUUGACCGGCACGAUGUGUAUAGCUGGGCAGAAAAAUUGUUGGAAGAACGCCGUGAACUGGAACGUGCUAAGCGCAAGCGUGAGCGUGCAGAACGCGUUGAACGGCAAGAAAAAAUGUUGUCAACGCUGGAUGAGCGAUUAAAAGAGCUGAUCGCUGCACAGAAGUUGACAGCGGGGAGUUCGUGGGAAGCGUUUUCGGCGGAGCACCUUAAGGAUGCUAGCGAGCAACAAGCGAGAGAAUCGAAAAGCGAAGCGGAGGGCGCUGAUGCAGCGAAUACAGUUCGGAAGGAUCGUGAAGACGGGGAUGGCGAACAUUUGCACUGGAAAGCGCAACGUCAGGCUUUUGAGAAGCACGUCCGCAGACUCCGUCGAGAUCUGGAGCCUGUAGCUUUGACGAUUCGCGCGUACUUGGAUCGCGGCAGUGAUCCUCCGUUACGUAUAACUGAGACGACGUCGUAUGCAGUGUACGUUGAUGCUCUUGAGAGUGUAGUUGGUGUCACGUUGGAUAAAAAUGCACCAGAAGAGGGUGAAGAAGAGGUGAGUGAAGAGGCGAAUGAUGUUACGAAGGGUGCUGUUGAAGACCCUGACGUUAGUUUGGCUAAUGGAAGUGGUGACGAGCUCAAGGAGUUGAAGUCGGAAGAAAUUAAUGUAGCUUUGGAGGCUGCCGUCAAGAAGCAGCGUGAAGUGAAGACGAGUCGUGCAAGUGUCGAGUUUCCUGCGUAUGUGCGUCAGGUGUACGACAUGUGGGUUGCUAUCGCUAGAGAAGAAAGCCGAAAAGAACAGGAGAAGAAGCCGAAGCAUCUCAAGCGAAGCCGCAAGGAGAGCCGCGACUUGACCGUGGAAGCUGAUAGCGGGGAGAGCCGGCCUCGUCGCUCGCGCCGUCGGUCCUCCGUGGCAGAUGAGGUGGAGAAUGGUAAAAAUGACAAGAAACAGCAGAGCCAUCGAGCAGCUAGGAAACGUCGCCGUAGCAGUCAUGGUUCACUGUCCAAGUCCCGGUCCCGCUCAGCCUCCCGACGCGACCGAUCAAGUAACAGACGCAGCCGUCCUAACCGCAGUCGCAGUCGAAACCGAUCACGUUCCCGUGAUCGCGAUCGAGCCUUAUCUCCCAGUCAAGCAGCCAGAAGCUCCGACCCAGUCAAGCCGCGUACGACCGAGGACACGUUUUCUCCUCUUCGGACACCAUCGAAGCCACUGUCCGCAGCAGAAGAAGCCGCGAAGGCUGAGGAGAUUAUUCGUCAGGCGCGGCUCAAGCUGCAAGCCAAGAGCAGCAUGAGCACUAGUGAUGAGCUCGAGGAGGGUGAGGAAUUAGAAGAAGGUGAGGAGAGCGAGGACUAG